AUGAAUAGUAACUAUCCCUUAUUUUGAAUAAACGAAAUUUUAACAAAUGGUUUUGUUGAAUACAUAUUAGAUAUAUUUUCAAUAAUGGCUUUUCUUACAGGAAUAUACGUUAUUUUAACUAAAAACCCUAUUGUAUCCGUAUUAUUUUUAAUACUAUUAUUUGGAGGUAUUUCCUCUUAUUUGAAUAUAAUAGGUCUAAAUUUCAUAGGUUUAUCAUAUAUAAUAGUAUAUAUAGGUGCUGUAUCUAUAUUAUUUUUAUUUAUCUUGAUGUUAAUAAAUAUUAGAACAAGUGAACUUCAAAGUAAUACUAGUAAUAGUAUUCCUUUAACAAUAUUUAUUGGAAUUAUAUUUAGUAAUUUUUUAUUUCCAAUGUUACCUUAUGAUAUUGUCAUGUUAAGUAAUUUCUAUAAUAACUAUUUUAGCGAGGAUUUUUAUACAAUAGAUGUAAAUAUAAAUGAUAAUAAUUUGAAUAAUUUAUACAAUAAUGUACUGUAUUUUAUGACUAGUGUAACAUGGGAUGGAUCUGUAAUAGACUUUAAUCAUAUAACAGCUAUAGGUAAUAUAAUGUAUACUAUUUAUAAUAUAUGAUUAAUAAUCGCUAGUUUUAUACUUUUACUAGCAAUGGUGGGAUCAAUUGUUAUAACAAUAAAACAAAGAAAAAUUUAG